AUGAGGACACUAAUCUCUUGUUGUUUAUGCCUUCAAUGUUUCUCCGGUUUGGGAACAGUUUGCAAGAAGUGCAUAGAGAAGAAGUUCAAUGAAGAAAAUCUCAACGCUUGUCCUGUCUGCAACGUUGAUCUUGGUGUUGCUCCUCUUACUCGGCUCACGGCCGAUUCACAUUUGGAACACAUGAUGUCAAGAUACUUCGUACCAAAGCCAGAAAGCGUAAAGCCAGGGCCUCCUUUGCAAUACUCUAGGAAGAAGAAGUCACUUCUUGCUUCUACAUCUAAUGCAGAAUCCUUACCUGAGCCAAACACUGAUGCUCCAAUGGAAGCAGAGAAGCUUGGAGAGAAAGUUAAAGAUCUAGUUCUUCAGAACCAGCGCUCGUCUUCAGUGUCAAGGAAGCGUCCAGGGAAAAAUCCAAGUCCUCAAAGCCUCUCAACGAAGGCUAAAGAGCUUGCUGUAGCACCGACAUCUAGCGAAUGCAUGCAAGAUGAUGAAGAGCUUACGAGUUUGGUUGACCGUGUUGAUAACGCUUUGAGCAUCUCUCCAGAGAUCGAGGAAAGGUAUUCUCUGAGAUCUCGAAUCAAGAAGAACAUGAAUCCAUCUGGAGAGGGAUCUUCACAAGGAACAAAGAAAAAGCUCAAAACAAGUGGUAAACCAGUUUGGUUUAGACUAGUCGCUAUGGAGAAUCAGGGAACAAGUAAUCCACUUGCGCAGAUCGGUGGUACUCCUAACACCUGGUUCAAAGCCGAUGGAAACGUAAGUGCCUUACUUGUCAUGAAGAUGAUAGUGCAGAAGCUCAGUCUCGAAAGCGAACUCGAUGUGGAGUUGUUCCUAAGGGGAGAGCAAGUGAGUUCGACGCAGAAGCUGCAGACUUUGGAGGAUUGGUGGGUGGUGACCACUCCGAUUGAAGAGCAGGAAAGCGCCAUGGCUGGCAGCUCCGGCGCCAGGGUUGGGAGCUCCGGCGCUGACUUUGUCAUGGUGAUUCACUAUAGCCGCUCUCUCCUCUUUCACUAA